GCUUGGAGGAGCCCGGCGGCUGCGCGGCGCGGCUCCCCCUCCGCUGCUCGCUUGCUGCUGUAGUGUCAGGCUGGCCCAGGGUCCUAGAGCUGUGAGUCAGUGUUGAUUGCAAAUAACGGCGCCCUGCUUGCUUGGGGGUGCCACACGCAUGUGCGAGCGGAGCGGGCUUCGGGGGCGCCACUAGAGACUCCGGUGCCUGGGGAUUCACGGUGCGCUCGCAAGAUCCCCCUGCAAGCAAUGUGCUGCUACCGCUGCCUGGCCAGGGAGUGAGGGGGCAGGGGAGCACAUCGCCGGGGCGAGGAGCUCGGCCCAGGCUGCCCGGCAUGCUGCGGAAGGUGGAAAGACAUGACAUGAAUACUCUGAGCUUGCCACUUAACAUUCGCCGUGGGGGUUCAGACACCAACCUCAACUUUGAUGUACCUGAUGGGGUCUUAGAAUUUCACAAAGUCAAACUUAAUGCAGAUAGCCUGAAACAAAAAAUUUUGAAAGUUACAGAAGAGAUCAAAAUUGAACAAACAGCCCGUGAUGGAAAUGUGGCUGAAUACUUAAAGCUGGUGAACAGUGCAGACAAGCAGCAGGCUGGACGUAUUAAACAAGUCUUCGAAAAGAAGAAUCAGAAGUCUGCCCACUCCAUUGCCCAGCUACAGAAGAAAUUGGAACAGUAUCACCGAAAGCUCAAAGACAUCGAACAAAAUGGAUCCUCCAAAAGUUCCAAAUAUACUUUGAAAGAUAACUUGAAGGAUAUCCAGCCCCCUUUAAAAGAUGUCCAUGGCAAAUCUCGUACCAGUGGCCAAGGUGCUGAGAGCAGCAAAUCAGGUGUGCCAGGUGUCUCCCUGACACCACCAGUGUUUGUUUUCAACAAGUCAAGAGAGUUUGCAAAUUUGAUCCGAAAUAAAUUUGGUAGUGCUGACAACAUUUCUCACCUGAAAAAUACCCUGGAUGAAUUUCGGCCAGAAACUAGUUCCAGGGCCUAUGGUGGCAGUGCUACUAUUGUGGCUAAACCAAAAUAUGUUAGUGAUGAUGAAUGCUCAAGUGGGACAUCUGGCUCUGCAGAUAGUAAUGGGAACCAUUCCUUUGGGCCUGGUGAGACAAACGCUCUGGACAGCCAAGCAAAGCUUUCCAUGAUCUUGGAGGAACUGAGAGAAAUAAAGGAAACACAGUCCCAAUUAGCAGAUGACAUAGAGAAUUUAAAAGCACAGUUUCAAAGAGACUAUGGUUUUAUUUCUCAGACAUUACAGGAGGAAAGAUACAGGUAUGAACGAUUGGAAGACCAGCUAAACGAUCUGACAGAUCUUCAUCAGCAUGAGACUGCAAACCUGAAACAAGAGCUAGCCAGCAUAGAAGAGAGAGUGGCAUAUCAGGCCUGUGAACGGUCACGAGAUGUUCAGGAAGCCUUGGAAUCUUGCCAGACUCGGGUUUUUAAGCUGGAGUUCCAUCAGCAAGAACAGCAAGCGCUGCAGUCGGAAACUGUGAACGCUAAAGUACUCCUAGGGAAAUGUAUAAAUGUAAUCUUGGCCUUUAUGACUGUCAUCUUAGUGUGCGUCUCUACCAUUGCAAAGUUUAUAGCUCCUAUGAUGAAGAGCCGUUUCCAUAUCAUCUGCACUUUUUUUGCAGUGACUCUACUUGCAGUAUUUUGUAAAAAUUGGGAUCACAUUAUCUGUGCCAUAGAAAGGAUGAUCAUACCUAGAUGAAUCCACUAGUCCAGAUGGUUUUUAUAUUUUUAAAGAAAUGUAUGUGUACAAACUACCAACAUUUUUAAUUUUGCAAUCUAAACAUGCAGACUGGAUGAAGGCUAUAAAAACUCUUGAAUGAUAAGGUGUAAAUACUUCAAUUUAUACUCUGUAGCAGUUAUUUGCCUAUUUAAUUAUACUGUAUGUAAUUGGCUACAUCUAUUAUGAACUGCUCACUCAUGUAAAUCUUUUGCCUUAAUCUUACCAGCUUUCCACUUUACAAACCAGCAUAUCUACAAGAGGUCAUGCUACUGGUGGUGUAAGAAAUGUGAAGUGUAUUGUGUAAUUAACUAGAGUGAGGAGGAUGGUGGUGGGAGUGCAUUACAAUAAGCAUGUUUUUACACCAUUCCUAUUGGAUUAAUUCAGUUGUCUAGCUUCCCAUAUGAACCAGGAUAGAAUGCCUAUCUAUAUUUUACAAUAUUAGGAAAUACCAGCCAUACUUAUAGUAUUUCCUAAUGCUAGAUGAUUUAACAUCUGUGAAUUAGAAACUGGGAAGGUGCUUAAUUACAAUCCAGCACCAUUUUCUGAUGCUUCUGCCAGUAGGCCCUUACUCAUAUGGAUUAUUCUUUAAAUGUUAUACUUUCCCAACAAUUUAAUAUGACUAGAGUCUCUAGUGAUACAGAUUAGUAAAUAUCGUAUCCUAGAGCUAUUCUUUAUCAUGUUUAGGAAAUAUAUAAACGUAAUAACAUACUUCCAAAUAUGAUGCACUGAAUGAAUUAUAAGAUCACAAGAACAUCUUAGAAGAAUAAAGAAACAAGUAACCAGGGCUGAUGCCACAAUGUUGACUUCUCUUCUGGUCAUAUUUCAAGCUUUGCAGAUUGCAAAGGGAGAGUGCAUAAAUAAUUAUUUAAAUUUUUAACAGUCAGUUGAUGAGCUUUCCAGUGAAUGUGAAAUAGAUAACACUAGGUCCCAAGUUGGAGUAGGAGUUAGUAAUGCUCAAGGAAAUUGGAUGUUGUGAAUUUUUUUGCUUCGGGAUUCCACAAGAACCACCAGGUCAGGAGGGUUGGGAAAGAAUGAAACUUUAUAUAUUAGAACUAACUGUGGGACGUGUUGAGAGACAUUCCUGAGAACAGUGUGUUAGACAUCAGACAGUAAUGGCACUAUGAAAGAGGUAGUUUUUUUUUUUUUUAAAUAUUUAUUUUGCCUGAUCUAGAAACUACAAAAUGUUUUUCUUGAAAUCCUUUGUUGCCUGGGUAACCAGAUAUGAUGUAAAGUAAUAUAUGAAAUAAAAUAUCAGGAUUCUUCUCCACUCGUAUGAAUCCAAAAAAAGACACGUGUCUGGUUAUUUAAUUUAAUACUUAAUGCUGUUUGCUUUUAAGAUAUGUUGUCAUGACAGCAUUAUUGUUACUUUGGUCGCAGGGCUAGUUGUGCCUGAAUUUUAAUCAAGUGCAAUAAUUUGUAUGGAAGUCUUUAGAAAUUUUUAUAUGGGGGGAAAAAAGGAAAAAGCACUUUGUCCUUUCUUUACCAUAACACGAUUUAUAAUUAAUCUAAUAGUUUGUUGCGGUUUCAGGGGCUGAACAAAGAGCAUGGCUAAUGGUGUAAAUAAUAAUAUAACCAAGACUUUAGAAAACUAAAUUAAAAAAAACUCAUUAAAGAAAUUCUCAUAUGUGCAGUGUUUUUGAAUAUAGAAAGGAAUUCAAUCCAAAAGAAUUGUGAUACUUGACUUGCUGCAAGCACAGGAAAUUAAUCAAAUAGAAUACACCCACUUUAUCCUAACUAGAUCCUGUUCAAUCUUUCCAGAGGAAAAUGGCAUAACCUGCCAUACCUCAAACUAAAGUCAGUUUAACCCUGUAUAUGUGAGCAAGAAUUGCCAUAUAUUCAUCCAAAUCCAUUUAUUCUCAAAGCCACUAUUGGUAUCCAUGUAAUUAGUCCUCUUUUCCUUGAUUUCUAAUAAAUUGGAUACUGUCUCUGCCUCUGAAAGCAAAGAAUUCCAAAUCCAAAUUCCUUCUGAGGAGAAAAACAGUCAGAGGUAUACCUAAACUUUACCUUUUUCAAUUUACAGGCAGGUCCCUGUGCAUUCCUGUUGCUGUUUAGUUCAAUUAGAUCCUUAUUCCCAGUUUUUUAUGAUUCCCAUUUAGGUAUUCUAUAUAUACAUUGCAUUAAAAUUUCAUCCCCUAAUCAGUCCAGCCGCUCAUAGCUACCCCAUCUAUCCAGUUCAUAGGCUGAGGAGAUUACAAACUGUAUCAGUUGAAGAGAUUAAACAUAUCUUCAUAGUGAAGUCCCCUCCAUAACUUUGAAAAAAUGUAGCUGCUCCUUUCUGGAUUUACUCCAGAAUUUAUACGUCCUAACAGAGGAUUUCCCUUGUUUUGUUUAUAUACCCUUUUGAUGCAGCUUGAGAACCUUUUUGCCUUUACUGCAUUAACAAUACAUUCCCAUCUUCAUUGCAGCUAACAUGAAUAUUAAGUUCUUUUGUUGUCAGUAGUUUCCAGUUCUUCAGCCAGCAAUUAUAUUUUAGAGUCAAAAUCCUUUGACUUGCAUUAAAAUCCAUCAGACAUUUUAUAAACCAUUCCCUUAAUGUAUUUAAGUUUUUCUUACCAAUUUAUAACUUUGCGUCUAAAGGUGAGUUUGGAGUGGACAGACCUAAAAGGAAGAGCCCCAGUACUGACUCUUGACAUAAUAUGCUAGUGACUUCUCUCCCUUGUAAUCCAUUGCCACCAUUUUUGUGUCCUCCAUUUAAUCAUUUUGAUAUCCAAUUUAUAUACCUGCAUUCCAGGCUGGACAAUAGAAAAAUCAAGCAUUGAUGCAUUACUUUUGUUAAAUGGCUUACAAAUGUCUACAUAUAUGUAAUAUGGAUGCUAUUUGUCAGUAGCUUUACUGAAACUCAGGAAAACAAUUGUUUAGUUUAGCAUAAUUUAGUUAUCUUUAUUAAUUUAACCUUGCUGGUUCCAAUGUAGAAACCUUGAAUUUGUGACCCAUUUGGUGGUGUUAUCUGUCUCCGACAGUUUCCAGGAUCAGGACAUAACAAAUUAAGCCUCCUUACCUCAGUAAGAUCAGCCAGUCUUUCUCAUAAGCAGAAACAUCUGUUACAGCCAUGAUUUGGGAAUACAAAGGCAUCUACACUUGUUGGUAGUUACCAUAUUCUACCUGACUAAUCUCCAUGUAAAAUGAUGAGAAUGUAAUGGUCAAAGGAACUGUUUUACACUUGGCUGAUAUCUGACUCCAAAUCAGAAAUAGUGAGGUCUUACAUAACAGAUGCAGUACAUUUCCUUAUUGGCUUUGUAUCAGAAAUAAAACCCAUUUAAAAAUCACAAGACAUCUGUAAAGAAAGAAAAAAGAAAAUUGUUUCUCAGCACAAGUUAAUACAGCCCUAACUGUUCUGUCAAUCAGGCACUUUCAUCUUUUUAGGUUCCUUUCUGAGCUCUAUCUAAAACCAUACCAAUGUUCCAUAGGCUGUCCCAAGCAAUAGCAAUUUCAAGAUCUUUCUCCAAGAGAACUGCUCAGAUUCUUUGUGGAUCUCACAUCUUCUGUCAAGUCUCCCCAUCUUCUUCCCUUCUCUUUCCCUCAGCCGUCCUGGUCUUUUGGUAAUCUUUCUCUCAUGCUCCAUUUUAAUAUAAAUUUCAAAAACUAAUUCAAAAUGCCUUAAGGUACCAUAUUUUUCCUCAUCAUUUGCUUCAGUAAUUUGCAUAUGUCCCUUGCUGAACCCAAUCUUUGCUUUCCCAAUUCUUCCAACAUUUGUUUUUUCUUCUCCUUGUGCAUCCUUAUCUGUGGUAAGCCAGGGUGUCUAACUUGUGUUAAGGAAGUGGAAGGUAGCCUUUAAUAUGCUCAUGGCACUCAGUCCCUUUAAGUGUAUGCCAAACUCUUUGCAACUUCUGCUCCCAAAAUAUGUUGAAUUCUUUUCUCUGGCUGAUUCUGGCUGGCAAUCAAAGAAUCACUUAAUUUCAUUUAUAUUAUGAUCUUGCCAAGUGUAUUUCCAGUCUCAAGAUCCUUAGUAAGUUGAUCAUAAUUGGUUGGAACUGAGUCUAAUAGCUCUAGUCAUCAUGGUUAUCAUCAUAACUACUUGAGAGAGAAACACAUCUUUGAAAGCCCCAAAGAGUUUGAUGGUAGAAUCCAUACCUGUUGAUUUCUGGAGAGUUAAUUUCCCAUGACAGUUACCUUCACUGUUAGCUACCUUUCUAAUUUCAGCCCAUUGAUCCAAAUCAAGGGGUUUCUUUAGGGCUUCCCACAUAGACCUAGUGAAAGAUGCCCACAUAAAUUUAGUUCCACUACUGUCCAAAGUCACUGAUAUUACUAUGACUAGAUACUAUCCUAUUCAAUUUCUUCCUGACUUAUAUACUAGAAGUUCAGUCCUUCAUGUAACCCAGUGAUGCUUCUUGUCUAAUUAAGCUCCAGUUAUACUAGUUCUGGCUUUUCAUAGAAAGCUAUUGAAUCUGGCCACUGCUUGUUUAGUAUCAAAAUGCCUAACGUUAAGAAGUGCAACCGCUACUGGAUUACUGGGUCCAGUUCUGGUGUCAACAUUUCAAGAAGGAUGUUGAUAAAUUUGAGAGUUCACAAAAAGACCACUGAGAAUGAUUUAAGGGUUGGAAAACAUGCCUCACAGUGAAAGAUUUAAGGAGCUCAUUCUGUUUAGCUUACCAAAGAGAAAGUUAGGGGGCGACUUGGUCAGUCUGUAAGAUCCAGAUCCUUGAUGUAUUUAGGCUUUUUAUUCUAUCUGUAAGGUUUUCAUACCAUGCACAUCACCAUAAUAUCUGAGCAUCUUCCAGUAGUGCAUUAAGUAACAUGACUACAUAUCUGUGACAUAUUAUUUUGUGUUCUCAUCCUCUUCCCCAGAGGGAGAAGCAUGUGGAGUUGUGUCUUGUUUUGGUAGGGUGGGCGUUUUGUUUGUUAAAUAUAACUGUUGCUAUGUGUUCAUGUUUGAGAAGAAAAGAUCAAAGAAAUGCGCCUUGCACUUGAGUGGAAAGUGACACGGUUUGUAAUAGUGGUUAGCUCCUGAGGGAGUUUGUUCCAGUCUUUUACCAUCCCUGGAGAAGGUUCUGUCUCCUGCAUAGACAAGCUUUACUCUUAUCGAGCGUUGCAUUGUGCCAGAGGAGUGAAGUUGUUGACCAUGGUCGUCUUUCCAGAACUUUGGGGGCCAUGCCCAGGCCAUGGAAUGUUUGGAAGACAAGGACUGAGACCUUGAACUUGAUUUGAAAUUCUAUGGGAAGCUAGUGUAGGGAGCAGAGGACCAAUAUGAUAUGCUCUUAGUCUGUGUUGCUGAGGAGAGACACACUAUAGCAUUUCAUACUAGUUGGAGUUUCCUAAGUUCCCAUUGAUUUUCAGUGGAAGUAAGGAGCCUAAAUACCUUUCAGCAUCUUUGCAUAAGUACCUACAUUGAGAACAGAGAUUUGAUAAGACAUCUCUUCAAUCUAGAAAAUAAAGAUAUAACAUGAAUCAAUGGCUGGAAGCUGAAGGUAGACAAACUCAAACUAGAAAUAAGGUGCAAAUUUUUAACUGACGGUAAUUAACUAUUGGAACAAUUUACCACGGGUUGUAGUAGAUUCUUCAUCACUCAAGUUUUAAAUCAAGAUUGGAUAUUUUUCUAAAAGACAACGUAGUUCAAACAAGAAUAAAUUCAGGGAAGUCCUAUGGCCUGUGUUAUACAGGAGGUCAGACUAGAUGAUCACAAUGGUCUUUCUGGCCUUAAUGUACAAAAAUUUGCUAAAUAAGCUCAAAAUACAAAGAGGAUCCAGAAUCACUUAGUGUAAAAUUUUUCAAAAGUGCCUAAGUCCCAUUUUCAGAAGUGACAUGCUCUGAGACUUAGGUGCCUAGAUUUUAUAUUGUUUUUUUUUAAAUAAGGCAGUUUUAUAGCUUCUUCCAGAUAAACAAAUAUAUAUUCAUAGUCAAAACUUGAAAUACAGUACCAUAAACACAGACAGCUUUUUUAAAUGAUGUUUGAAUGCCAAUAGAAUGAGCUUAUCUGGUAGUGAAGCAGAGUUCAGUUUAAAAAAUGAAAAUUUUACAUUAAAAUAAUGGACGAAAGAAAAUAUUUCUAUUUACUGAAUUGCAUAAUCUCCCUUAAAGAACAAAAAGCACUAUAAAAUCCAGUUUUGAGGCCAGUAAAAUCCUUUCUUCUGUUUUCUAAGAUGUUAGAGGACAACAUACAUACAGAUUAUAUGGGGACUUGAUUGAAUUGUCUUGUAAAUUUGAUUUAUUGCAUGUGUGUGGUGUAUUAAGUUGUACUGUUGGUAGAAAGCUCUUUCUUUCCAUGAAUCUAUCUCCCUUCCUUUUUUGUAAGAUAAUGCUGACUAGGCAGUACCAAAGUGUACUGAAAGUUGUUUAUUUUUAUUGACUGAAAAUAUUUGUGUCAGCAUGUAACCUGUGUGUAUCGUACCACUUUCAUUUUGUGCAGCAUGGUGUAAAAAUGCAUCUAUUAAUGUAUGUAAUGUUUUUGUAUAUUUCUUGGUGUGGUCGUGACUGCUCAAAGGUGCCAUUAACAUUUUUUUUAAAAUAAAAGUAUUUUAAACUUAA